AACUUGAGUGGCGGCAGCAUUUUGACUUUAUGCGAUAGACGUUUGAUAAUUUGUGACGUCACGCACAGGACAACUCGCCGAAGCAUCGAAAUUGUUAUACCUCCAACCAUGCAAAAGGACAACAGGAAGUGAGUUGAGCGCAACAACAAAGUCAUUUGCAGUUUGUUAGUUUAGCUUUUAGUUAGUGUAUACAUGCAUACGGCUCACAAUAUGCCAUAUUGCUCUUGAGUGUGUGCACAGUGAUAAUUUAGUAAGCUCUACGAGCAGGCGACAGUGAAGCGUGCAACAGUUGCCAUUGUAAUUGUUGCAUAUGUUACAUAUGUCUGAGCAUAUGCAAAUAUAGUGUGGAGCAUGGAAUUGCAGUUAGGUGGUAGUGCGCUGUCAUCUGCGGCAAAAAGCAAGCUGCGGGAUUGCGGCAAUUUGACGCGCGAUGAUUUUGACGGCGGGCCGGUUAGCAUCGACGAAAUCGAGCCAGGUCUCUUUCUAGGUAAUCUGACUGCAGCCACACACAUGGAGACGCUCAGGUCAUUUAAGAUAACACAUGUACUUACGUUGGAUUCGGUCCCACUCCCCCAGCACAUAGUGGAGGCGAGCUUCCUGACCACCAAAUACGUGCAGAUUGCCGACAUGACACGCGAGGAUAUACUACAGCAUCUAGAGGCUUGUGUGGACUUUAUAGUCGCAGCCUUGGAGCACGGUGGCAAUGUGCUCGUGCAUUGUUAUUUUGGCGUCAGCCGCAGCUCCUCGGCCGUAAUUGCGUAUAUUAUGAAGCGUCACAAUCUGGACUAUCAGCCAGCGUAUGAGCUGGUGAAAAACAAGCGUCGCUUUGUGCAGCCCAACGCUGGCUUUGUGGCCCAAUUGAAGCUCUUUCGCCGCAUGGGCUACAAGAUAGAUCACAGCUUUCAACGCUACACAAUGCAUCGUUUGCGUCUUGCUGGUGAGCAGAUGCGCAAGGCAAAGAUAUUGCCACAGAGCUUCCACAAUGUGGUGCGUCCUGAUCCAGACAUUGCACGCGAGAACCCCGAGCCAAGUGUUUAUCGUUGUCGUCGCUGUCGGCGCAUACUCGCUUCCAAAUCGCAUGUGCUUGAGCACAGACCACGCAACAUGACAAUGUCAGCAAACCACGACACCACUCAAGGUGACGCCAUGCCAAUGACAGCUGCGUGCAGCAGUAGCGAACCGCGUUUGCUGGAGCAGUUGGCGAAUCGUAUGCGCAAGUCAUCGCUAGGCUCGCCUAGUCAUGAUUCUACAGGGGCAUCGAAUCAGUGCCGCAGCCUAUUGUUUGUGGAGCCCAUUGCGUGGAUGCCACGCAUUAUGCUCAACACUCAAGGACGCCUCUACUGUCCCAAAUGCGAGCAGAAGCUCGGCAACUUUAGCUGGAUCAAUGCUUGCCAAUGUCCGUGUGGCGAGACCAUGACACCUGCAUUUUAUUUAAUACCUUCCAAGGUAGAGCUCUCCAAGGCCGUGCAGAAUGUCCAGACAACUGUCUAAAGCUCUCUCGCUCAUGUUUUCCAACGAUACACGAAUACUUAGCAACAUUAUUUAAUGUUAUAACAUUGCGCAAUAGCAAAUGUAGUUCGA